GCUGGGGACAGGUUGUCUGCCUUUCCGCAUGGCCGGGGAGCAGGCGGCGGGGAGCGCGCAGGAGAGCGCUGGCGGGAGCGCGCUCCCGGCCCGCCCUUUCAUCUGUUCUUUCCCCGAUUGCGAUGCCACCUUCAACAAGGCCUGGAAGCUCGAUGCGCACCUCUGCCGGCACACGGGCGAAAGGCCGUAUGUUUGCGAAUACGAAGGCUGCGGGAAAGGUUUCACGAGGGAUUUCCACCGUGUUCGACACCUUCUUACACAUACUGGAGAAAAACCCUUUGAGUGCACAGCUGAUGGAUGCAAUCAGAAAUUUGGAACAAAAUCAAACUUAAAGAAACACACAGAGCGAAAGCAUGAAAACCAGCAAAAGCAAUAUGUGUGUGACUUUGAAGGCUGUAACGAGUCUUUCAGGAAACAUCAACAACUUAAAGUUCAUCAGUGUCGUCACACCAAAGAACCUCCCUUCAAAUGUAGUAACGAAGGAUGUGGGAAGUACUUCUCCACUCCAAGUCGACUGAAGCGUCAUGAGAAAAUACAUGAAGGCUAUGCAUGCAAGAAAGAAAACUGCUCAUACAUUGGAAAAACGUGGACAGAGCUUCUGAAGCAUAAUAAAGAAAGUCAUACAGAGCUUGUUUGCAGUGAGUGCAACAAAACUUUUAAAAGGAAGGAUUAUCUCAAGCAGCAUCAAAAAACACAUGCUGUGGAGAGGGAAGUCUGGCGAUGCCCAAGACAAGGAUGUGAGAGAACUUACACAACCGCAUUUAACCUUCAAAGCCACAUCCUAUCUUUUCAUGAGGAAAAGAGACCAUUCUCUUGUGAUUAUCCAGGCUGUGGGAAAGUAUUUGCAAUGAAGCAGAGCCUAGCGAGGCACGCAGUGGUACAUGAUCCUGAAAAGAGAAAGCUAAACUUGAAGGCAAAGCGUUCUCGUCCUAAGAGGAGCUUAGCAUCCCGUCUGAGUGGCUACAUUCCUCCUAAAAAGCAGCCAGGAAAGGAUGCAGUUGUGACAGAAAACAAGACAACGGAGAAGCCCAUGGAAAGUGAAAUACCAACUGUUGAAAUUCUGACUCUGCAGUAAAGGUUAACUGAGAC